AUGAAUGUAGAGACACGUAUCUCCACAAUCAAAAAAUAUGGUUAUUGCUAUAACUGCUUGGCUAUUUCACAUAGCUACAAGAACUGUGUGAGUAAAUUCUCGUGUCGUAAGUGUCACAAAAAACACAAUACUCUGAUACACAGAGAAUCCAGCCUUCGACCUGAAUCCACUCCGGAAAUACCAAACGUCACUAGUUCGAACCAUGAAAACGCUUCAAGUACCGCACUACCCACCCAAAGCACAAAUACAAAUCGGCAAGCCUACACUACAACUAUACAGUCCACUAUAUCAUCAACCCAAGACCCACCCAACCCAAGUAGGAAGCAGAUAUUACUCGGUACUGCAAUGGUUCAAAUAGAACAUAAUGGCCAGCGAUAUUCCGCGAGAGCCCUUAUUGAUUCAGGAUCGGAAGCCACAUUUAUAUCUCGAAGACUUCAGAGAAGCUUGGAUAUACCCACCCACUCUGUAUCAGCCCAAGUGACCGGACUAAACAAUGCAGUUUCAGCAACACCAACGAACAUCUGUGAAAUCACGCUUUGCUCACCCUUAAACACAAAUUAUAAGCUAUCAGCACAGGCAUUUAUACUAAAUAGCCUAACUGAUAAUUUACCCUCAUACCCUAUAGAUCCAAAGCAGUGUCUUAAAAAUCUUGGAUUCCCUUUAGCCGACACCCAAUUUCACAAACCCAGACCCGUGGAUAUACUAAUCGGCAGUGAUAUCUAUCCAAGUAUUUUACUCAAUGGAGUAAAGAGGAACAUACUAGGUUCACUCUUAGCUCAAGAGACAGAAUUCGGAUGGAUAUUGUCCGGACCCAUAACCCAACCCUCCCAAAAUUCCGCCAUAGUAUCAUUUCACAAUAAAGUGAAUCCCGAGAGUCUUCUCACACGUUUUUGGGAGGUGGAGGAAAUCCCAAAGGAAUCCGUAGUUUCCAAAUCGGACCAAAUUUGUGAGGAAAUUUUCCAAAAAACUACCCGUCGUAAUCCAGAUGGGCGCUAUAUAGUAACCCUACCCUUCAAAGAACCCGACAAUAUUGAUAUCGGACAAUCUAGACAUAUAGCGUUGGCCCAAUUCCUCAGAAAUGAACGAGCUUUACUUAAAAAACCCGAAGUGAAAGCAGAAUACGACAAAGCAAUCAUGGAAUAUUUGGAACUCGGACAAAUGAAGAAAGUAGAGUAUGACCCUUCUGGUAAAGCGACCCAAUACUACUUACCACACCACGCGGUCAUUAAACCCGACCGUAUAACCACGAAAUUGCGUGUGGUAUUUAACGCAUCUUGCCCCACGUCAAAUCACAAAAGCUUGAAUGACGUCUUACAUAUCGGGCCUACUUUACAGAAAGACCUUGUCAUUCUGAUAACAAAUUGGCGACUCUUCCAAUUCGUUUUUAAUGCAGAUAUUCAGAAAAUGUACCGGCAAAUACUCGUAGACCCUAAACACACUCGGUUCCAAAGGAUAUUAUUUAGGAAGUCCCCGGAAGACACAAUAGAAGACUUCGAAUUGCAAACAGUCACGUUCGGCAUAAAUUGUGCACCGUAUCUAGCAAUCCGGACCCUCAUGAAACUUGCCGAUGAUAUAGAAGAAACCCACCCAUUAGCAGCCAAAAUACUUCGCCAGGAAAUGUAUGUAGACGAUGUUUUAGCCGGAACACAUAACCUGACCACGGCAAAGUCAGCACGAGAUGAACUUAUUUCCGCUCUGAAGACCCCAGGAUUCGCUCUGGGAAAAUGGACCUCCAAUGACCCACACAUUCUGAAAGGACUUCCACAGGAUCAUCUUUUAGAGACAGAAACACUCAAUCUUUCGGAACCCGAGAACACCAAAACCCUGGGCAUUCGAUGGAACUCCAAAAAGGAUUCAUUUUUCUUCCUCGUCAACCCAAUGGAGAAAAAACCCGCAUACACCAAACGAGAAGUUUUAUCAGCCAUAGCAAAAUUGUUUGACCCAGCCGGUUGGCUUAGUCCAAUAAUAAUCACGGCAAAAAUAAUUAUGCAACAAAUAUGGCUGGAUAAAACUGACUGGGAUGAAAGCCUGAAACCCCUCACCCUUCAUCGAUGGAACAGCUUCGUAAAGGAUUACGACAACAUCAACAAAAUUGAAAUACCCAGUGAAAUGGCCCCAACAAUCACCAACUCACCCAAACCUCGUUCUAUGAGCCCAACAAUCACCAACUCACCCAAACCUCGUCGCAUGAGCUCAGCAAUUAGCAACCGGUCCCGUAGCGCAACCCGUAGCAUCACACCGAUUUCGGAAGACGAAACGAUAUCCCGACGUAUUCAACGUUUCAAGUCGACCCUUCCCACUAUUCGUGACGAAAAGGAAUGUGAUGAUCGUACAACACGAAAAACGAUCUCACAUCGAAGAAAACACACAUCAUCCCGUCAUGUCGCUUGCGGAAUAUGCAAAAAAGACCACCGUCUAGUGACUUGCGCUACGUACUCGGCAUAUAAUAUAAACAAAAAAUACGAAGCAUUACACAAGCUACCCAAAAAACCCUAUGAGCGAGAUCUAAGCGACGAUGUGCAAAUGCGCUUUGAACACUUAGUUCUCGCUGACCCUCAAUUCCACAGCAACAGGGAGAUAACGUUGGAGAUUGGAGCAGAUGUGUACCCUCAAAUCAUCAGAAAUGGACUAUUCAAACCCGAUAAUGGUACGGUGGUAGCGCAGAAUACAGCAUUUGGCUGGACCCUUACUGGCACCAUCUAA